CGCUCUCUCCCUCUCAUCCACAACCAAUGGCCACCAUGCACUCCUUGAUCGCACUCGUCAACCGAAUUCAGCGUGCAUGUACGCUCCUCGGCGAUCACGGCGGCGAUGCUGCUUUGCCUACUCUCUGGGAAGCACUUCCCUCCGUCGCCGUCGUCGGCGGCCAGAGUUCUGGAAAGUCCUCAGUGUUAGAGAGCAUUGUCGGCCGUGAUUUUCUUCCCCGCGGAUCAGGGAUUGUGACGCGGAGGCCUUUGGUGCUACAGCUGCACAACACAGAGGAGGGACAACAAGAGUAUGCCGAGUUUUUGCACUUGCCAAAGAAACGCUUUACUGAUUUCUCUAUGGUUCGAAAGGAAAUCCAAGAUGAAACUGAUAGAAUGACUGGGAAAUCAAAACAGAUAUCUCCUGUUCCUAUUCAUCUCAGCAUCUAUUCCCCAAAUGUUGUCAAUCUAACACUGAUAGAUCUGCCUGGUUUGACAAAGGUUGCCGUAGAGGGUCAGCCAGAAAGUAUUGUUCAAGAUAUUGAAAGCAUGAUUCACUCAUAUGUUGACAAGCCUAAUUGCUUAAUUUUAGCUAUUACUCCUGCAAAUCAAGAUAUAGCAACAUCAGAUGCCAUAAAAGUUUCCAGACAAGUUGACCCUGCAGGCGACAGAACAUUUGGUGUGUUGACAAAGCUUGAUUUGAUGGACAGAGGAACAAAUGCUUUGGAUGUCCUUGAGGGAAGAUCUUAUCGACUUCAAAAUCCUUGGGUAGGAAUUGUAAACCGUUCUCAGGCAGAUGUUAAUGAAAAUGUGGAUAUGAUUGCUGCUCGGCAACGGGAGCGUGAAUUUUUUGCCACCAGUCGUGAUUACUCUCACUUGCAUAGCAAAAUGGGAUCGGAAUAUCUAGCGAAGCUUCUUUCAAAGCAUUUAGAGUCUGUGAUAAGAGCUCGGAUUCCAGGGAUUGCAUCUUUAAUUGAUCGAAGCAUAGCUGAGCUUGAAGCUGAGUUGGCACGCCUUGGUAGACCAGUUGCUGUUGAUGCUGGGGCCCAGCUGUACACUAUUCUAGAAUUAUGCCGUGCUUUUGACCGGGUAUUUAAAGAACAUUUAGAUGGAGGGCGACCUGGUGGCGACCGAAUUUAUGUAGUUUUCGAUUACCAGCUUCCUGCGGCAUUGAGAAAGCUUCCACUGGACCGUCACUUGUCGUUGCAAAAUGUGAGAAAAGUGAUUUCAGAGGCAGACGGGUACCAACCUCAUCUAAUAGCGCCAGAGCAAGGUUACCGACGCCUCCUAGAGAGCUCACUUAAUUAUUUCAAAGGUCCCGCGCAAGCUUCUGUCGAUGCUGUUCAUUUAGUGCUGAAAGAACUAGUGAGGAAAUCAAUUGCAGAAACGCAGGAAUUGAAGCGCUUUCCAACUCUUCAAGCUGAAAUAGCAGCUGCUGCUAAUGAGGCAUUAGAGGGGUUCCGUGAAGACAGUAAGAAGACAACGUUACGGUUGGUGGAAAUGGAAUCUUCCUAUAUCACAGUUGAUUACUUCCGUAAACUCCCACAGGAACUCGACAAGGGAGGGAAUCCAGCUCCCUCCUCAGACCGAUAUGCUGAGGGACACUUCAAUAGGAUCGGUUCAAAUGUUUUAUCUUAUGUUGGGAUGGUGUCAGAAUCGUUGAGGAAUACCAUUCCCAAGGCUGUGGUUCAUUGUCAAGUGAGGGAGGCUAAGCGAUCUUUACUAGACCAUUUUUACACACAACUGGGCAAAAAGGAGGAAAGGCAACUUGCCCAGAUGCUGGAUGAAGAUUCUAUGUUGACGGAAAGGAGGCAGCAAUGUGCCAAGAGGCUGGAGUUAUACAGGUCAGCAAGGGAUGAGAUUGAUGCAAUUCGUUGGUCUGGAUGAGAUAAAUCGCGAGUGAAUUUAAUAUAAAGCCAAAUUUAAUAGGAAAAUAAAAGAGAAUGAUGAAGUUGAUUGAGCUUGAUGGUAUUGGUACAACUGUUCAUUUUAUU